AUGUCUUUUGCUCAAAGCUUCUACUGCUUCCCCAUCUUCACCACCUAUUGCAAUGAUGUGCCUCUCUCCCCUGAGACAGGUAUUAUUGAGGCUAAUCAUGUCCGCAACUUAUACUACAUUUAUGCUAACCGCCACAAUGAUCACCCUUCACCUUACUCAGAGAACCAUCCUGACCCUCUGGAGCGGCGCAUUCAUGCUAUGCCAGAUGUUGAGGUGUUCCUCAUGGCUGAUGAUCACCCUCCCCAGUGGUUCCUAGGUGUUGACCUUGCCCAUGCUCUCCAUGGGGCCUACUACCAUGCUCUCCAGCGCCAAGUCCACCACAACAAUUUCUAUGUCAUCUGUCUCAACGCGCUUUCCAUCAUUAUUAAUGCUACCAAGCAGAACCAUUACAGCAACAUGGCCCAUGUUGGGUACAUUCGUGGUUCCCCUGCUUGCGUAUCAGCACACGCUUCUGACGCGGGAUUCCCUAUCAACGACUACGACGCCGACAAUGAGUCCUUGGGCCCGCUUACGCCGCCCACUGAAGUUUCUUCGCCGCCUGCGUUGGAAGAAUUUGCGGAACAGAUCUUCAACUACGCCGCUUGGGGAAUCGAGCCUCCGGUCAUCCCUGAGUCCCACGGAAUCCAAUGGCUGGGACAGCAAUACGGCGAUUCAUUCACUGCGCCGGAGUUCGAGCCCUUACACGCCGCAAGCAAUGCAGGCGAGUACCCUGCACCUCCCAACAGCAGCAAUUACAAGCUUGACGUCAACGCUCUUACCGAGCAGCUUGCGCAAGUGGCCGUUGUACAGGACGCCGAUCCCGCACCCCCGUCCUUCAGCGCCGACUUCGUCAAAUCUGUUUGGGAAUGGCCAGGAGAACCUCAGCCGUCGCCGACCUGGGACCUCCUGAGUGGCCCUCCGUACUGCAGCAGCACACGCCUCCGUUUUCAUGGGAAGACCAUUGGCACGAGGUUCGCGCCCGCGACUUAA